AGUAAUCUUAUAGACAUUUAUCGGUAACAACAGGAGUAAUAAUAGCAGAUUCUUUAAAAUAAUUAUCGGUUGUGCUAUUCUGUCCUGAGCGACGUUUUGGUAAGCUUUUUACGUCAUAAUUUUUUUCAUAGAAAUUUAAAAUUGCUGUCCCCAGGGAAAGUUAAAAGAGGUAAAGAGAAAUCCUGUUCACUUAUUUACUUUGGUUUGUUUAUUGUCAAAAGGAAAUUGAACUUUAAGUUAUAAUUUUUGUUAUACAGUCUAUUACGCAAAUCAUGUUUUUUAUCUUCCUUUCUGUUUUUUCCUCUUUACUAGGGAAUUUUCUGGGAAGGUUUAAACGCUAUAUAUAUUAUUCAAAUAUUUUACCCUAGCGGGAGCGCUGUACUAGGAGAAUACCAAGGUUUUCAAGGGAAGAAAGCGAUGAAGAAAUAAGUUGCCUUCUCUUUGUGUAGCAGGAGUCAACCCUGAGUCCCAGGGUGGAUUCGUUUCCCUCAUCUUAACGCUGGCAUUCAUUUUAUAGCUCCUAUUGCAGUGGAUGAAAAUGAAGGCUGUCCAGUUUACUUUCCUUCUACUUGUUUUUUACUGUUUUGAAUCAAGUAAGUAUCAUAACUCCAUUUUCUUAGUGGUCCUUGUGUUUUUUUUUCUUUGGUUAUCAGUUUUUGCCUUGCUGUUUCUGUUUCUUAAGAUUUGUCUGUGGGAUAAUGCUCAUGGAGCAUUUCCACUCUAAAAGAUGUGGUUGCUACCGAACAGGUGUCUCGAGUGAAGUACUAAGAUGGAACUUUGUUUCCUUAAAAGGCUCUUUGAAAAACUUUUAAAAGGAAAGGACUUCGCCUUGAAGUCUGACCGCUUAAAGCUUUGUGUUGACAUUUAUUUCUCCUGUUAUACCGGCCCUUUUUUAUUCAAGUAAAUUCAUCGAUUUUUUCCAGGUACUGGAGCGGAUGAAGAGGUAUCAGCUUCUGGCAUGGAGUCAGGUUCAUCAGGAAGUGGAGAUUUCUUAAGUGAUAGAGACGAGGAAAUUCGUAGAAUAUCUGAGCUUCAAAUAUCGAUACCAUACAAAAAACGUAAGAAUAGCAACAGAACGUGCAGUAGUUCCACUUAACAUAUAGAGAAUUUACGAUGUCACGACGGCGACAGCAACAUAUUCGCAGAAAUACUUUUCUGCAAGUAUAACACACCUUUUGGUACAUUUCUUUAUUGCCACCGCUAUUAGACCACGUAAAAUUGCUUAAUAUUGCGUUUUAUUGGAAACGUUAAUCAAAUGUCGAAGAGUUUCUGAAAAUCUCUCUUUCAACUUUGGUAUUUUUCUGAGGAAUUCAACUACAAGAGUGUUUCGCCUGCAUUUGAAAAAGUGAGCUAGUUGGUAUAAUCGUGACAAACAAUUACGAUGACAACGGUAAAAGACCGCUUCAAAGAAGGGUGACCGCCUAGUACAGGCUAGACUGAUUAAAUUGGUUUAAUUUUUUCAGUGUAUAACUUGAAAAAAUGCGAGGAUGAUCCAGAAGCUGACUGCGAAGGACUGUCACAAGAAAAGUGUCUUCAAGAAUUUAAUGAUAUGGUUGAAGACUGUCCAUGGUCAUGCCACUUCUGUGCCAAGGAGGGCGGUAGGUGAACUCAAAAUCUUUAUAAGAGAGCGUUCACACUUAAUUGGACCGGCUCCCGGGUACAGGCCUCUAUAAGGCACUCGCGGGCAAAUAAUGUGUAUGCAGACUUCCGCCAAGCAUAUUCACGCCAGCAUAAACUUGGGCACGGCCGAUGCUGGCUCAAGACCUUGUUCUCCGGCACUUAAGGUGGCAAUCCAGAUUUUUUUUGUUUACACACGUUUUCUAUAACUUCCAAGGCAAUCAAUUGCUUUCCACUCCCUGCUACGCUCACGUGUCAAAAUGGCGUAUGGCAGGGCAUAAUGGGUCAAAAUGAUUACCGCCGCCUGAUUAGCUCAGUUGGGAGAGCGCCAGUCUGCUGAGCGGGAGGACCUGGGUUCAAAUCCCGGCUGGACCAACACGAAGGGUUCUAAAAUAACUGAGGAGAAAGUGCUGCCUUUGUAAUGAGAUCUGCAAAUGGUUAGACUUUCUAGUCUUCUCGGAUAAGGACGAAAAACCGUAGGUCCCGUCUCUCAGCACUUUCACAGAUUUGUUCUUGUGGGACGUAAAAGAACGUACGAAGACCCCGGUGGGGAAGUCAACCUUUCCUGGGCUGUGUGGGUUAUCUGUAAGGAAACACUUAAAAUGGAGUCCCGCCCUGUUAUGUGUUCCGCACUAUAAUUAUGGUGGAAGUGAUUGAGUAAAUAAGUCACAUAACUGAGGUGUGAUCACAACACAGUUUUUUGUUGGUACCCUGGCACUAGAGCUGGAGCACCAAGUGUGAACAGCCCGUCUGAUAGCAAUAGUUUGUUUUAAAAUAGAAAUCCGUGGCUCCUGAUUUCUCUACCUGUGGAAGAACCUAUUUUAAGGAACUGGAUGAAUGAAAAAGUAAUGACAGAAACUAAAACCACAUUGGUUAUUUCGAAGAAGAACAACAACAACAACCACAACAAUGGAAUUGAUGAAUAAAAAAUAAAUGGUACGAAUUGCUCAAUUUGUCAUAUGUAUUUUUUUAAAGAGUAUACCAGUCGCUGUGAAGACCGUAACAAUCACUGCCCAAGCUAUGCACAGAGAGGAGACUGCCAAAGACUUCCAGACUACAUGAUGCAAACCUGCAAAAAGUCUUGCCAUUUCUGUGGAAAGGGUAGGUGGCUUUAAUUGAGUCUUUAAUCAAUCCUGCAAAACAGAAAGAGCUGCAAUAGAUCUCUCUGAAAAGGAAAAAAAACUUUUCUUUAAGUUGACAAUGUGCUGAAUUUGCAAAGUGUUUGAAGUGGUAUUGUGCCACGAUCCAACGAACCUGAAAGCUAAGAAAACAGGCAGUACCUAAACACAAUGUCAUUUUUGAGCACUUUAUUUCUGGUGAGAGACAGAGAGAUUUCAAAUUUGACAGAAUUCACUGACCAGAUGUUGCCAACCUUCUUUUGCUUAAUUAAGAGGACAAUAUUUUAGGCACAUGGACAUUUAUUAUGUGACAGUUUAUUGUUUUAGUUUGGAUUGUAACAAGUACUUAUUAGGUGGUAUAAGAAGAGACAACUAUGUAUAUGUAGAUAUUGCAGGCGCUUUUCUCCAUGAAAGGGAAAAGAAAGGUUCUACUUUAACUGGGAGGCUUGGGACACUAUGAAAUUACCCUGAAUACAGUCAAAUCUCUCAUUGAACACCUCUAUAGAAACUAGGACGGACACCUUGCUAAAAUGGUCACCAAGAGUUGGUCCCUGCCUUUCUUUUCUCCGUUUAGCUGACUCUAUAAUUAGGACAUCUCGCUAAGCUGGAUGCAUAGUGUCGGUCCCAAAGGUGUUCAUUGUAGAGAGAGUUGACUUCCUUAAAGGUGGAACGGCUGAUUAUAAUGCCAACAUGAGAUGAAUAGCCAUUCUGAGACCAGUGCAUCAGGACGGCCCUCGAGAAACACUGAUGUCUGUUAUGAAAGCGGUGCAGUUAAUACCAUUAUUUAAACUACUUUGAAUGCAAAGAUUAAUUCUGCUCUAUCUGUAUUUAUUUCUCGUUCUAGAAUCGAAGUACGUGGAUAAGCACACGGUGUGCCCAAUCUGGGGAAGAGAGGGUUACUGCCAAACAGACGAAGACAUAAGACUAGCAUGUCCUCACAGCUGCGAGAAGUACAAAGGCGUGCAACCAGCUCCUCAAUCGUACCCCUAUCCUAUCACGGCCCUUCACCCAUAUCAGUACCAGGCGGGACAGUACCCUAUACCAGUUCCUAACCCAUAUCCAAACCCUUAUCCCGCUCCAUACCCGUAUCCAGCUCCCUACCCCUAUCCCUACCCUUACCCAUCACAUUACCCCACACAGUACCCCUACCCUACCCCCAGCCCCUACCCAACACCACCAGCACCUACACCGGCUCCAUAUCCAACACCACCCACACCUGUACCGGCUCCAUAUCCAACACCACCCACACCUGUACCGGUUCCAUACCCAACACCCCCGGCACCUGGACCUGUUCCAUAUCCGACUCCUCCAACACCUCCAUCAGCUCCACCACCUCCUCCACCACCACCGUAUCCAGUUUCUCCGCCUCCAUACCCCGCAGCCCCACCACCUCCUCCACCUCCUUACCCCGCAGCCCCACCACCUCCACCACCUACAUAUCCGGCAGCCCCGGCACCUCCACCACCUACAUAUCCGGCAGCCCCGGUACCUCCACCGCCUACAUAUCCAGCAGCCCCGGCACCUCCAGGAGGCAUAGCACCUGCACCUACAUACGACAAAAGUGAAAGAGAACGGAAGCAACACAGAAAACAUUUCAAGCAUAAGAAAUACCACUCUACAGAACACACGAAUAAGAAACACAACUGA